CGGAGAAAGUAACAACACACAUCCUUGAUUUCUACGAGAUUGAAAGAGUUUGGUGCAAAACGUCGUCGUCCCCAAACCGAAAAUCUCGCCAUUAUAAGAAUCCAUUCAGUCGGUCGCUGAAGAUUCGGAUUUAGCUCAGUUUUCUCGUUUUCUCCUCAGAUUCUUUUCUGAGAAUCCACAAGACUCAAAUACAAGUUCUCGCCUUCGAUUCCACUUCGUAUUCCUUCUGUCAGAACAAUUCCUGUUUAGGUUGACAAUGGGCUUGUGGGAAGCUUUCCUCAACUGGCUUCGAAGCUUAUUUUUCAAGCAGGAGAUGGAACUCACUCUUGUCGGUCUUCAAAAUGCUGGGAAGACUUCACUUGUUAAUGCAAUUGCUACCGGAGGCUAUAGCGAGGAUAUGAUUCCAACUGUCGGGUUCAACAUGCGCAAAGUGACAAAAGGGAAUGUGACCAUAAAGCUUUGGGACUUGGGAGGGCAGAGUAGAUUCCGUUCCAUGUGGGAGCGCUACUGCCGUGGUGUCUCGGUUAUAUUGUACGUUGUCGAUGCUGCUGAUCGAGACAGCAUCCCAAUCUCCCAAAGCGAGCUGCACGAACUUGUGAACAAACCCUCACUAGCUGGAAUUCCAAUUCUCGUCCUCGGUAACAAAAUCGACAAAUCUGAAGCUCUGCCUGAGAAAGCACUGGUCGAGCAGCUGGGACUAAAUUCGAUCGCCGAUAGAGAAGUAUGCUGCUACAUGAUUUCAUGCAAGGACUCGGUCAACAUCGAUGUCGUUAUCAAGUGGCUUAUCAAGCACUCGAAAGCAGGGAAAUGAUCCACCUUUCCAACUAUUUUGGAAAGAGGGAGGAUACAAUACAUGCUCGCAUCUUUUUAAUUGCUGGCAAGGUGUUAUUAGCGUACAUAAUUUUUUGUUUUUUGUUUUUUGGUUUCUGGUUUUAAGAUGCUCAAUUAAUUUGAACAAUAAUCGGUUCCAUUUUUAGAUAUUUUGUCUUUGGCUUAAGCUACAGUUGUACUUAAUUGACAUAGUACUAAAAGCACACAUCACAUAAACAACACAUGAUACGGUAAGAAAUAAGUUUAAACUUUUGUCGGGCUAGUUUGAGCUAGAAUAAAAUUUUGGAUCCAAGAUU